GGACGGGGCCGCCCGGGCUCCUUCGCGGGCAGGGGCAAGGCAGGGUGACCCCGCUUGGGGCCCGCCCAGGGCGCGGCCGCCGUCAAGGGGGUAGGCUAGGAGGGCGGCUGUCGAGCGGGGCCUCGAGCUGCAGCCCGGGCCGGCGGAGUCAGGAUGGCGUGAACGGCCUCUCACCAGCUCUACCACGCUGGUUCCCGAGUCCGACUAUUAGCUAGCUUCCGUCAUUCAUCAAUACGAGUUUAUUGGGCAUCUAGCGAGCGCCAGGCCACGUGCCGGAGCCGGGAUCCUGUGGCCGGCAGUGGCCGCGGCCCCAGGGUUCAGACGAAUACGGGGGAACGAGCUAGCCCCGAGGGCGUGGGACGGGGGGGGGGGAUCACCGGGGAGGCCUAGACGAGCGCGUUUAGGAAGAUCGGGGCCGUUUACGGAAGAUCGGGGCCGUUUAACACAGACGUGGGCACUUGGACCCGGAAGGACGCCCUCUCGGCCACUCCGGCUGCACUGCGGGGUCUUAGCCCUCGCAGGGACGCAGGCCGACUAGCUAGAGCAACCGCUGGCGGGGUUGUGCCCUUAGCCGGGAAGAGCUCGUAGCAGCAGGGAGACCCGGAGCUGAAAACGCCGCGAUAGGUGCGAGGCGCUCGGGGCGUGCUAACGCGCCGCUGGGUCGUGCGGGGCGGGGCCACGUCGGGGGCGGGCCCGGUUCGGCCCAGCCCUCCGCAGCCGGAACGCGGGAACGCGGAGCGACAGGAAGACCGGACCUUGAGAGGGGCGCUGUGGGCCGGACCGCCAAGGGGUGCGCGCCCGGAAGCAGCGGGUGGACAGCCAGAGGGACCAUGGCCCUCGCGGCGCUUGGAGUUUCCGUUCGCGCUCUGCGCUCGCGGAGUUGGCCUCUGGGAAUUUGGCAGACACAGAUUAGAGAUACCCACCAGCGAGCUUCAUUAUUGUCCUUCUGGGAACUCAUUCCCAUGAGAGCAGAACCUCUGCGAAAGAAGAAACGGGUAGAUCCUAAAAAAGACCAAGCGGUAAAGGACCGUUUGAAAAAGAGGAUCAGACGAUUGGAGAAAGCUAGCCAGGAGCUAAUUCCCAUUGAAGAUUUUAUUACACCUGCGAGGCUCUUGGAUAAAGCAAGACAGCGGCCUCACGUAGAGCUUCCCUUUGAGGAGAGUGAGCGGAGAGCUCUGCUUCUGAAGAAGUGGUCUCUGUACAAGCAUCAAGAGCAUGAGAAGGAGAGGCAUGCCAUCAGGUCCAUGCUUGAGUCCCAGCAGGAAGCUCUGCAGGAGCUGCAACUCAUGUCCCCAGAGCUACAUGCGGAGGCCACGAAGCAGGACCCCAAUUUGUUCCCCUUUGAAAAAGAAGGGCCAGAUUACACGCCACCAGUCUCCAACUACCAGCCCCCUGAAGGCAGGUACCAUGAUAUCACCAAGGUCUACACACAGGUGCAGUUUAAGAGGUAGAGCUGCCGGCGCCUGUCCAUAGAACACACUGCCCUUGAGAGCUGGAACGACCAGGGCUCGAGCCUGCUUGCCACAGAAUCAGGCAUGCUGUGAAUAAAUACGCUUAAACAAG